GCGCUGCCGGCCUUGGAGUGACAGGCGAGGCUGCAGCUGGACACUCGCCGGCGGCGGCUGCCUCGCCCGCUCGGACCGCCGCGUCCCGCCUCGAGAAGAGAUUUGUGAGCUUCAGGACGUGCUAAGAGAUUCUCUCCUUAAGUGCUUCGUUGGGAAAGGUGUUGGAGCAUGGCCGACAUGGAGCACAAUCUCAGCCUGGCAGACGCCCUGACUGAGCCACCUCCGCAGAUCGAGGAGGAGGUGAAACGGGAUUUCAUCGCCAGCCUGGAAGCAGAGAAGUUUGAUGAUGUGAUCGGGGAAAAGGUUGGCAAGACAGACUACGUCCCUCUCCUAGAUGACGACGACCCGAAUGCCGGAAGCCAGGAGGCCAAAGCCAAACCGCAUGCCGAGGAUGUCCCCAGGGAGCGUCCCCCAGCAACUGGGCCGGCAGCUGUGGUUGAGAAUGGUGAUCACGGACUAGAAGGCAUUAGGAAGGGAUCCCCAGGAAAGAUCAUGGAUGAACAGACAUCCUACAAAGGAUUCCUAGACCACAACGACUCCUGGACCAUGGACGACGGGAGCCGUUGCUUUGAGCCACAGCUAGCGUUUAAGCCUGUGGAUGUGGCAGAACCUUUUAAGAUGCACGGCGAAGACGUCCUGUCUGACCUGCUGCUGCUUCCUCAGGAAAUGAUGGGUGUGCCGGCUUUUGGAGAGUAUUUUGGAGCUCCGAAAGAAGUCCAUGGCCCCUACGGAACGGCCACGUCGCCUGGACAGCCGCCGCUGGGACUCUCCCACUCGCCUGCCCUUGCCUUCGACCCCCUGGCUUUCCUUGGCACGCAGCCCUUGGCAGAUCAGAGUGAAGCAGCAUCUGCAAGACAGAUGGGUCCUCCUGAAGAUUUCUGGCUGGGAACUCAGCACUUAGUGGAGCGGCAAGGAGCCCCUUUCUUUGAGAUCCCAGAGCCCUGCAAGGUCCCCAGUGAGGCUGAGAAGCACGCCCCUGCUGUGGUUGGGAUGGACUUCCCAGGGGAGCAGACACCACCAGAAGCAACCCAGGCUGCAUCAGCAGUUCCUGCUCCGUGUGGUGCUCCUGGUCCUACAGUGGAGGAGCUGAUGGGAUUUGAACCUUCAUUUGGCCACAAGCUGCUUCCUGCUAAAGGACCUCAAGCAGGCUUCCUGGAAGCUGCAGGGGCAAAAGAACAAAAAUCGGAGGAUGAAGACAUCACUGUUCUCGCCGCAGAUGGCUGUCCCAUGUUGGAGAAACAGGAGGAGGGAAGCAAGCUUCUUCACACUCCGAAGGAGAAAGACAGCCAGCCACUUUUUAGCCAACACCCAGAAGAGCCAACAGCAAUCAGCCUUCCCACCCAGAAAGCAGUCGGGGCCCAGCCAUCUCUUCCCUUUCACACUUGGGAAGAGGAGAGUGAAUUUCCCAACUUCAGAGCAGGAGAUCUGGAGGUUUAUUCUGCCCAGCAUAUAGAGAAAGUAGAUGAAAGCAAGCUGUCUCUCACCCAGCAGAUGCAGGAGGUGACAAAUCAACUUUCUCCCACCCAAAAGGUUGAUGCAUCUCCACUUUCUCCCACCCAAAAGGUUGAUGCAUCUCCACUUUCUCCCACCCAAAAGGUUGAUGCAUCUCCACUUUCUCCCACCCAAAAGGUUGAUGCAUCUCCACUUUCUCCCACCCAAAAGGUUGAUGCAUCUCCACUUUCUCCCGCCCAGAAGGCUGAUGGGCCUCCACUUUCUCCUGCCCAGAAGGCUGAAGGGCCUCCACUUUCUCCUGCCCAGAAGGCUGACGGGCCUCCACUUUCUCCUGCCCAGAAGGCUGACGGGCCUCCACUUUCUCCUGCCCAGAAGGCUGACGGGCCUCCACUUUCUCCUGCCCAGAAAGCUGACGGGCCUCCACUUUCUCCUGCCCGGAAAGCUGACGGGCCUCCACUUUCUCCUGCCCGGAAGGCUGACGGGCCUCCACUUUCUCCUGCCCGGAAAGCUGACGGGCCUCCACUUUCUCCUGCCCGGAAAGCUGACGGGCCUCCACUUUCUCCUGCCCGGAAGGCUGAUGGGCCUCCACUUUCUCCUGCCCGGAAAGCUGAUGGGCCUCCACUUUCUCCUGCCCGGAAAGCUGACGGGCCUCCACUUUCUUCUGCAUGGAAAGCUGACACGCCUCCACUUUCUCCUGCCUGGAAAGCUGACACGCCUCCACUUUCUCCCACCCAACGUGCAGAGAAAGUGGAAGAAAUCAAGGUCCCCCUGAGUCAGUUCAUAGCAAAUCAAGAAGUUAAGUCCCCCUCUUUGCCCAGCCAACCCGUGGAGCACCUUCCUGGGCAGGAGAAGCUUGAUGAGAAGAACAAGCAGCCCCCCAGCACACCUACUGAAAAGCUGAAGGAGCAAAGUCGGCCAACACCAACUGAACCUGGGGAGCAUCGUCCAGAUCCUGCAGCAGAGUCGGUGGACUUUCUUUGGGGAAAGAGCCAGGCAGGUUCUCCAGGGUCCUUUGUUGAAGAGUCCUCAUUUGUCAAGGCAAAGGAACCACAGGAGCCUCAUCCUGCCCACCCCGGGGAGUUGCCCAGAGGAGAGCUUCCCCCGGUACAUGAGGGAGAGGUGAAGGCAGCUGCUGAGGUUGCGUCAGCAGAUGACAUGGCAGCCCUCCCCAGCAAGGGCCUUCCACCAGGUCCAGAGAAGGAAGCAGCCAAGCCUUCAGCCACCACUCCUGUGGCAAAGCCCGCCGCGGUAAAAGCCAAGCCCGGGCCUGCUGGUGCCCCCCCUGCCAAGCGGCCGGCUUCUGCUACGCCGGGCCAAAGCAAAAAGGCCGCCGUGCCAGCCACAGGCCCCUCGGCAGCUGCCACUCCUAAACGCCUGGCGACCAGUGCCACGCGACCCUCCAGCUUAACUCCUAGAGACGUUAAACCAAAGGGGACGGACGUUAAGAGCCCGGAGAAGCACGUCUCUCCUUCCAAACCCCCGCCUGCUGCAACGCCUCGGUCAAGUGCGAAGACCAGUCCGGCCACUCCCAGGCCUUCAGCAGGGCUGGCCACAAGCGGGACGUCCCCCAGUCCAAGGGGCACAGCUGCUUCCCCACCGAAGAAGCCCCCCACCCUCAAGACGGAGGUCAAGGCCUCUGAUGCCAAGAAGACCACUGCAAAAUCGCCAACAGCUGACCCGGGCCGUCCCAAGAGCGCCCCGGCUUCCACCGCCCCGUCUCCCGCCCCGCCCGGAGCCGCUGCCGGCCGCCCCAAGACCAAGCCAGCUGCUUCCAAGCCCUUGGGGACAGCGGGCACCGUGGCGGACUCCAAGAAGGCAUCGGCGGUGUUCAAGGCGGUCCCCAAAACCAGUCCGGUGCCCAAGCCUCCGCGGCCCCCCACCAGCGUCUCCGUCCCCGACCUGAAGAACGUGCGGUCCAAGAUCGGCUCCACGGAUAACAUCAAGCACCAGCCGGGCGGAGGAAAGGCCAAGGGAGAGAAAAAGGCAGACUCAGCCGGGGCUGCCCGAAAGCCUGAACUCAAUGCGGUAUCUAAAAUGACUACCAGUAAAACAGCUGUUUCUAAAGAGGGGGCCCAAAAGCUGCCCAAUGGGAAAGUCCAGAUAGUCUCCAAAAAGGCGAACUACAGCCACGUCCAGUCCAAGUGUGGGUCCAAGGACAAUAUUAAGCAUGUCCCUGGAGGUGGGAAUGUUCCAAACGCCCCCAAGCCCGCUUCAGGCAGCCAUUCCCAGCCAUCGACCGCCCCCAAGCCCAGCCCGGGCAAAACCAGUGUGCAGAUCCUGAACAAGAAGAUUGACCUUUCUAAAGUGUCUUCGAAGUGUGGUUCAAAGACAAACAUCAAGCAUAAGCCAGGGGGAGGAGAUGUCAAGAUCGAGAACCAGAAGUUGAACUUCAAGGAGAAGGCCCAGGCUAAGGUGGGCUCUCUGGACAAUGUCGGGCAUGUGCCAGCUGGGGGCACUGUGAAGACUGAGGGGGGCGAGGAGGCAGCCCCAGAGAACGGAGCUGCUGCGACCGUGCCCCCGUCGGGCAGCAGUGCCCCGCAGGAGAAUGGCGCAGGGCCGACCGUGCCCGCUCAGGGCAGUGGUGACCAAAGGGAAGUUCAGUGCUUCAACACUCACAUACAAGAGACAAGCAUUUAACGAUGACAUUCUGGUAUCGCCUUCCACCCCUUCUCUCUCCCCCCUUUCCCGCCCCCCACUGUGUCGCUGCAGAUUGAAUCCCACAAGCUGACCUUCCGUGAGAACGCCAAGGCCCGCACGGACCACAGAGCGGAUUUCGCGGUCUGCGCCGGCAGCCCCCCUGCCUCCCCUCCGCUGAGCACCUCCGUCAGCGAGACCCUGGGCGCCGCCACCUCCGCCUCCUUGUCCCCGCGGCUGCCCUGGCGGGCCCCCCUCGCGGAAGACGCCUCUGCCGCGCUCUCUUGGCCAGGCUUGUGACUCUCUUUCCUGCCCUGUGCCCCCACCCCGACCUGCCCCCCAGCCCCAGAGCUUGCCUCCCUUAACUCAGCCCGGUGCCGCCAAGCUGCCCGGGCUUCGGUCGGUCCUUUGCAGGAGUCCCGGGGUGGGUGGGGGGUGGCCUCUGGGGCAGGGGGUCUCGCUUGCCGCCAGCCUCCCCAGGCCUGCGUUCGUUCCUCACUUCAUUUGACCAGAGGAUUGGACUGCAGGGGAAAAGCUGGCUCGAAGCGCCCCAAGUGGGCUCGGCGGCCAGGUGGGCGUUAAAGGGGGCAAGCCUUCCUUUUGUUCCCUCCUCUUUCCCACCCCCCACCCCACGGAGCCCCGCUGCGCCCGUUUAACGCUGGCCUGUUGCUCUCGCACAUAACUUCAUGCUCUUUGGCCACCCCGGGCGAUGCCGUAACCCGCUUCCUUUUUAUUUCCUCGCCCCUCCCCUGCGCCAGAACGUCAUUGCGGUGCCCGGCGCGAUCCACGGCUUCACCCCUGCUCCCCCGCACCGCCCCUGCCCUCGCCAUAGGAGCAUUAAAAAAACCAUUAUCUGCCGCUGCAGCGCUGUUGGCUUUGUUACCCACGUAUCCCGCCAUUUUAAACUUGUGUUCUGUUUGUUUUAUUUUUCUUUGGUGUGGUGGUUAUUUUGCGUGUGUGUUUCAAAUUUUCGGAGAACGACGGAGCAGGGCCUCGGUGGUGGCAGCCGAGGAGGGUGACGGGCGGGAAGGCGGGCGCCACGGGGGAAGACGCACCCCCUGCAGCUGGGUCUUUUCUGCUGCAAGAGAAGCUCAAGUGGGGCGUUUCGAGGCAGGUGUCCCGCACACCUCCCUGGGUUUUCCUCGGGUGGGCUCCCGCCAGUGGCUUCUGAAGGGUCGGACUCCGGGGGCCUGCGCAGUCCAUGCAGCUGCGGAUCCAUCUCGGGGGCCAUGCCCAGCUCGAGGAGAAGCCGGAGUGGGGUGGGGUGGGUGUCUCGGAGUGGACGGGCAGGGUCAGGGAAAGUGUUUGAGGGUCAGAAGAGACGGGCGGUCCAGGGCGGAUGGGGGAGCUGUGCCGGCGAGCGUUUCCGCUCAGGCUUCAGGUGUUAAGGGAAAGGGGAGGUUCAGGCUGCGGGUUCCGUCUUUCACACUGCGAACAACACUAAACUGAAAUGUAAAUAAAACUUUAAAAACGA